AAAACAACUAUGAAUAGACAAUGGAAUUUACGAGACAUUAACUUUCGUAUUGUGAGAUUAAUGGUAAAGUUUUCCUUAAAACAUGACACAUAUGCAACAGCUUGUUAUUAUUCUAUUCCUGGGAAAUGUUUUCUUUUGUCUAGCAGAAGUAAAAUGGAGUGUUCAACAGAAGGUUAACAGUUAUGGCCAAAAUCUUAAACUAUUCUGUAAAGUUGACAAUUGUUGUGUUGCAAAUAUGACAAAGCGAUGGUUUGGGGGGCCUGAACAGAAGCCUUUAUGGUUAUCGUCAAACAAAGAUUCCGCCGAGAAUUCUGAAAACCCGAAAUAUAUUUUCACAAUAGAGAAGAAUGGCUUUGGACUUGUUAUUAAAAAUGUAACUGUUGAAGAUAUGAAUGUCACUUACAAAUGUUCCUACAGUUUUGAUGAGGAUAGUGAAAUGUUAUAUUCUUCAGACGCUUUCAGUGAUGAACAGGAGGAUAGCGAGAAAAAUACUAAUGGACAAAAUCCCGUAGAAAAAAGUUCUAGCUAUAUCCAUGUUAUUGUGCCAUGUGUUGUCGUCUUAAUUCUAGCUGUUUGCAUAAGUAUAAUCGUAGCCUGGAAACAUGCCAAGUUGAAUACAUUACUGUUUUUAUGUAAACAGAGAAGAAAGAAGAGACAAGCGGAUAAUGAUGUUGAGAACGCGCUAGAACUCGAAAAUUUGACCUCAGAAGAUAAGCAAAAGGCCAAACAAUCAAGUGAAAACAAUUUACAGGAAAAAGGAAGGAUAAAUGAUUUAACUGAAGGCGAUUUAAAAAAUGACAGUGAGUUAAAUGAAAUAAUGAGAGAUUCAAAGAAUGAAGAUUAUACAGAAGUCCUCGCUGAACAAACUGAUGCUCCCAGAAAACCAAAGCCUAAAUAUCCCACCUUUAGUUCUGAAGAAUUAAGAAGAAAGAGUUUCACCGGUAUUAGCCAUGAAUUAUCGCCCACAAUAUUGGCGAAAGCUGGAUUCUUUUCUUAUGGAAGAGACAAUUUUGUUCGUUGUUUCCACUGUGGUGGUGCUUUAAAAGAUUGGAAGUCAGGGGACGAUCCCAUGAGUGAACAUGCCAAAUGGUUUCCACAGUGCAGUUUUGUUAAAGAUAAUUAUGUUGGAAAUGUUCAAACGCCAUAUCAAGAUGGUGCCCACUUAUAAUUAAAAAUUUUGUAUUAUAAAGGCGAAUGCUCAUUACAAUUUCAUCAAAUUGUAACGACGAUUGCCAAAAUUUACUUUUUUUUGCAAUUGAGAACGUUGAGCUUGAACAACAUGCUAAGUAAUGAUAAAAACUACAGAUAACUAGAAUUAGUAUAAAGGGUUAGACUUUUAGAUAUUUCGGAAGGAAUUAUAUGAAUGGAUUUAAAAAAAAAGAAGGCUGGCCUUGUAAGAACUGGAAGUAUGACAGUAUGAAAAUGAAUAGUCUGUAAUAAAAAAUGCAGGAUAUAAUUGUGUGCAAAACUGAAAAUAUUUUGAUAAUUCGUAAAAAAAAAUCUCAGUUAGAGGUUUGGCUAGCUGCAAAACCAGGUUUGAUCCACCAUUUUCUACAUAGGAGAAUGCUUGUGCCAAAUCAAAAAUUACAGUUGUUGUCCAUUCGUUUGAUGUGUUUGAGAUUUUCAUUUUGCUAUUUGAUUAGGGACUUUCCAAUUUGAAUUUUCCUCAAAGUUCGGUAUUUUUGUGAUUUUACUUUUUAUUAGCUUUUUGACUUCACAUUUUGUUUUUUGUUUAUCAUAAUUGUAGUAAUGGUAUAUUCGUGAAUAAAGUUUAAAGCUAUAUGCUAUUUUAACAUUAUAACACCUUAUGAAAGCUAUUACUCUGAGACCAUAUGAACAUACUCAAGGUUUCUCCCUUAUGUAUUUAAUCAUACUAUUUUACCAUUAUAUGUUGUUAACUUUAUACAACCUUGAAAUUAAGCCAUUUAAGUGAUCAAAGAAUAAGGACAAUAUUUAUCCUCUAUGAGCAAUUUUUUUACUCCAACCUUUUCGUUCAUGAUAGGAUUGUGUGUGAGUAUGUCAAGCAGCAGAUACGGUAUAAAAGUGUUAAGAAAGAAUUUUGUAUUACAUGUUUAUUGUACAAAUCUUUGUUUAUACUGUGCAUAUUUAUAUAAACCAAUUUACAAAAUUUACAAAAAAGUCUAUGUAGUAAUGAGGGUUAAUUCUUAACAACGAUGAAAGCAGGUCUAGUAACCGCUCGAAAACCGUCCAUCCGUGCCAAAGAUUUCGGGUAGAAAACUUUCUUCACAGUUUGCUUGGCUUCUAUAACAGAUAAUGUGUUUAUAUUUUGUUUAGCGUUUAAUCAAUUAUAAAUUUGCAGCUGCAAAUUCUUUUUUUUGUCCAAAUGUUAUUACACUCAUUGUACAAGGAAACAUUCAUGUGUAAUCCCUUAACAUUACACCAAUGCCUGAAUGGAAGUACCGUAUUAAUGCCCAAUUCAACGUUUAGGGCAUCAUCUUAAUCCGUUAUGCUAAUGUACAUAUUUAUCCUUAAAAUAUUGCGUGUACACCCAGUAUUGGUAUUGUUUAUUUAUAACUGACCUUACUUUGAGUUGAUUUGUGUUCCAUCAGAUGCAUUUUAUUUGUUUUAAAAAUAUCUUUGCUAUUUGGUUGGAAUCGUAUUGAUAUGUUUAACUUCAUUUGUAUUUACUACUUUUGAUUGUUUAUACCUUUUAUUUAUGUAAUACAUGUAGUAAGUAUUCAUGUACACGCAUGUUAUCAACAUGAUGUACCCAUAUUUUGACUAUUUUAUUAAUUGUGACUGUUUAUUUAACGCAUCAUGUAAAUGUAGCGGAAUUUGAUGAGACUGUUAUUAAAGUGAGAGGGUUAGCGCUAUAGAACCAGGUUUAAUCCACCAUUUUCUACAUUUGAAAAUGCCUGUACCAAGUCAGGAAUAUGACAGUUCUUGUCCAUUCGUUUUUGAUGCGUUUUGUUUUUUGAUUUUGCCAUGUGAUUAUGGACUUUCCAAAUUGAUUUUCCUCUGAGUUCAGUAUUUUUGUGAUUUUACUUUUUUCUGGUAGAUAAAGAUUGCAUUGAAUUGUGCUAAUGACCAUUUGUACUGCGAUUUUGAUUUGAUGGUUGGUUUCAGUUAUGGGAUGUUAACCUGUUGUGCCCUAAACAAAGUAUUUGUUAAGCAAGUCUUAUAAUGACGUCAGAUACUCCUGUGUCUAUAUUUCAAAAGUUUUUAUCCAUAGUGAAAAUAUUUUUAUGUGUUCAUGUAGUUGACUGGAAUUCAUCGCAUUUUGAUUCGUCAAUUUUUGCGCGAGUUAAAUGAUGUUUGACGUUUUUUUCCUUUGGUAAUAAUGCACCAAUAGGGCGCUAACUUAUGAAAUUGUCUGACAUCUUUUUCAAUCAAUGUUAUGUCUCUUGAAUAUUCAUAAUUAUUUUGAAGACUAUAUAUGUUCGAAGUAACUACAUAAGUGUUCAUGAAAACUGACAGUCCAAAAUCAGACAGGCCCACCAUUUGUAGGGUGUUCUCGUGGUACUAAUGUUCAGCUAAAAGUUUGUUGUGGUUUUACUUUUGUUUUAGGCUGUCUGGUAUUUUUGUAAAAUACAAAAGCUACAAACCUGGAUGAUGAUGUGUGUAACCUAUGUCACCUUAUCUCCUCCACAAUGCCGUGUAAUGGUCGAUUACAUGUCACUAUGAGGUAGAAAUCGAAUCCCAUUAUUUUAGUUGUACAAUAAUGAGUAAAAGAGACUAAGAUGAAAAAAGGUAACACCUUUCAUAUAACAUGUAUAACUUAAAGCAAUAAAUGCCUAUACAUACUUUAACGACGGGUGUUUGAUCUAAUCUAACGACGGUGGGGUUUCCGAAAUUUUCAUUAUCAAUUUUACUGUUUACAAUAAAAUUUGAAUUUAAAUACUAAAAAAAUGUUUUU